AUGGAGAUUGUUGCACCAGCCUGUCCAUAUCCUGAAUCAGAUAGAUUGAUGGAAAUAGAAGCACCUUUAUCUUCUGCACCUCUUACUCAUCCCACUGAUAACAGACCAGAGGAGGGAUUGGCACUUAUUGCUAUUAAGACCAGUACUUGGAAGAGAUCAUCCUCAAGAGUGGGCAGACUUCAGAGGACGGCUGAGCCUAUAAAUUCUCAACAACUAGUGACAGGUGCCAAAAGAGAGAGGGACAUUAUCUCUUCAGAGAGCAAGGAUAAGGAAGAGCAAGAUAUUUACAAAGCCUCGGGGAAGAAGAACAAGAUGACAAAUGAACAGGUGGGGGAUGCCAGCCUCAAAUGGCACCCAACCCAUAAAUGUUAG